CUUUUUUGUGUUUUAUUUUAGGGUUAAGAUAUACAACAUAUACUGAAAACUUCGAGGAAUCUCAGUAUUUUGCGUUGAAAAGAAUAAAAAAAAGACAGGAAAUGGCACCUAAGAAGGGUUCCAAACAAAAAACGCCUCUAAAAAGCGAGCAAGUUACUGUGCCCUUGAUAGACACUCUGAAGAAUGAUUACUUUGGAAGAAUAGAAAUACAUAUAUUGAAUUUGGAAAGCAAGGUUGAAACGGGAACGUUCACCCUUAUUAUUGUCUAUGGAAACAACUUUAUUGGAAAAGUCUCUAAAAUUAACAUUCCUGAUGGAGGUGGAGAUGUAGAUAUAAAUAGAAAAUUCUUUUUAUUUAUUAAGGCAGUAGACAAUUAUGUUAUGGAUGCGCUGCUUAGUACUCCAUUCUUCUUUAGCUUGAUCGAGGGUGAGAAUAAGCUGGAUCCUAAAUUGUUCGCCACGCUUGGAGUGGGAGCUGCCAUACAGUCGAAUGUUGUUGGCCAGGGCAACUUGGGAAUCAUGCCGUUGUUAACAGGACAGCAUCAGAUACAAUCAAACGUCGUCUUGGAGCCACCAGGCGUCCAGGAUACCGUAUUUUUUAGAAGGACAUAUUCAGAGCAUCCAAGAAUUUCCGUUAAGUUAGUCGAUAGUAGGAAGAAUUUAUCGGCCAAAGAGAUGAACAACAUAAUGUGGCUGUCAGUGGAGUCUGUGUACAAUCUCGACAAGAGCCAUUUCUUGGAGGAUGCUGAACACACUUUGGUGUUCCCCAUGCCGAGCAUGUCGAUUGAUGAAGAACACGCCAUGCUUGAAGAAAUGUUCGCAGUUGGUGAGGAACCGCACGAAGAGGUCAAACCAGAGUCUAAAAAAACAGCAUCGAAAAAGUCAAAACCAAAAACUAAGUCUCAGAAACAACAAUCAGCCCGGACAUCAAUUGAUACACCACCACCACAGAAAGUAGAAAUUAAAAAACCUCCAGAUUUAGAUUUGAUUCAGUUCGACAGAGGUAUUUAUAAGUGGGAACAAACGGUUGAUAUUAGGAAGAAAUGGGCUUCACUAGCAAGCAUUAAUGGGGCUCCGGCAAUGACAGAUCAGAGAAUAAGAACAGACGGUGGUGAUCUCUUGUCUACGGUUGCUAUCGAUAUACGAAAGAAAUUUCGAUCGAAAAGUGAGCCCCGUAUUGAAUGGAAUAUGGUCCGCCCGAUUUGGCUUCACAGAGAUCUAGAAAGCCUUGUCAAGGAAAGAAUUAUGCAAUAUGGGGUUUGGCCUUUCGAGUUACUGAUGUUGGGGAAACUUUUUGUGGAACGAGAUCAACUACCAGGAAGUCUGAAGGAAAAGUUGGCAGAUGAUAAUGAUAUGAUGGAAGACCUUAAAACAGAAAUCGACAGUAUAUUCAGUGAAUUUAAAGAAGUUUUAGAUAUCAUGAAAGCAACUGGAAACGAAAAAAGUGAUAAUAAAGCUGAAAUGGCAAAAAAAGUAGCAGGACUCGAAUCAAGAGUUAUGCAAUUAUUGUCUGCUUAUGAACCGAAAAAGAAAAAAAAAUUUCUAGCUCAUAUGCCUUUUAUAGAAAGAAUACGAGAAUCAAAGAAGUUGGCUAGAGAGGAAGGAAGCACAUCAAUAGGAGAUUCCACGUCAGAAAGUACCGAAGGCCCAAAAGAAUUCCUCAACCAAGACGACAUCGUACUCUUAGAAAGGAAAGCUUAUGUCGCUUGGGUUGAUCUUUCUCCACUUUUGGUUCCGGGAUGCACACACCUACGCACCGCUGGCGUGUUGCAGUACUUCAACAGGGAAGAAGCUGUUGCCAAAUGGGGUCUAACUACAACCUUCUCAGGCGACCCUGAAGAAAUGAUCAGUCGGGAUAAAGACCUCAGCCGCAUGUUGAGGAAGGACCCAGCUGACAUAAAUAAAAUUUACAUGGAUCUAAAAAAAUCAGAUUUAGUAAAAGGCUCAACAAAUUUGCUUCUACUUUUGGGACAUCUGCUAGAAUUGGCUUACAACUUGAAAGAAUCUGAGCUAGCACAACCAGUAGAGCAUGUGACAGAACCAGUCCUACGUUCUGCUUCAGAAAUCGAUGAGAAGAAACGAACGAAAACUCUGAAAUUUCAUGAUGGGGCAAAGAAAAAAAUUAAGUCUGGGAAACGUUCCAAACUCGAUGCCACUGAAUCACUAACAAAAGCAAGGGACUUUGGAAAUGUCAGUCCCAAAGCUGGCCGAUUAAAAACAGAUUCUACAGGCAUACGCGGUUUCACUUGUAAUGACAGCGAUUCGAAAAAAAUUGAUUGGUUGGAAAUGAAAGCUUUCGAUGUAAAAGAGAUGCGAAAACCAUCAUCUGUCAAAUCAAAAGAUACAACUCCUAAAACUCCCAAAAGUAUGUUUUCAACAGUUAAUGACGAACAAUUAUUAAGUGAAGAUGAAAACAUAUUGAAAACAAAAGCAAUGCAAUAUUAUUUAAACAAAACUCCUUCUCAUUCACAAAAUGUAUUUGCAAUUUAUGAAACUGAGGGAAUACAUGAAGGAAAAACCAUCAAAUCCUCAAAGAAAUAUCCACAAGUGGCAGAAGAAAAUUUUGCUACAGAAUCCAUGGAAACGCUACCGACGGAACUACCAACGAACUCUAUAGAAUCAUCGCCUAAAGGUUUUCCAUCAGACCAGAAGAAGAUACUUCAUCAGCGUGAUUCCAAAUUGAAAACCAAAUAUAAACCAGACAAAAAAUCAAUCACUAAACAAUCUUUCAAUGAGCAAGAAGAGCCAAAAAAGCUUGAAACCUCUGAUGCCAGUCUCCUAACGAAUACUUCUGACCACCAAUCUUCAAUCCAAACAACAAGUCUGGAAAUGUCACAGUUGGAUGAAGAUGAACCAGUGUUUGAGCUCUUCAAGACCUUGUUGAUCAAUAUUAUUAAUAAAUAUCAAACACUAAAAAAUAAAUAUCAAGCACUGAAAAAAAUUAAGGCAAAAGAAGGCGUACCUUUGUUGAAUACAUCAGAUCAGGACACUAUUAGUUUUUCAUCAGAAGGUGAAUAUGAUGGUGAAUAUACAGAUGAAUAUUUGUCAUCAAAUGAUGAAACUAAUUUAACAAAGGUUGAACCAAGGCAUAAAAUGUGGCACAUUGGCCAAAACUUAUCUGAUGAUCUAAUGGAUAAUCAAAUACAGUAUACUAAUGAUGUUAGGAAGAUGGCAGUCUUGGAAAGAGAAUUCUUGUUACUUAAAAGGCUCCGUUUAGCACAAUUGAAAUUUGAAUGGGAAGAAAAAUUGAAAGAUAUAAUGCCAGAGUACCUUGAAAACUCAAAAGGUCAAAAAGUAGUGGUCAUUAUAGAAAUUAAAUUGCUUAAACCAUUAAUACCAAAGCCAACAUUGACCGAAAUAAAUAUGGAUAUUCAAGAAUUAGUGAAGAAUAGAUGUGAAAAAAAAAAACCAUUAUACUAUGUUAAUGAUACUGUUGAUGAUUUCCAUAACUGCAUUGUAACUUUGACUGACUUAAUUACAACAGAAUAUCAAGAUUUCAAAAAAUCUUACUCAAUUUUGAUGGAUCCACUUUCUGGAGAUGACGGGAAUGACUUUUAUGCGUAUCUUGAAAAAUCUCGGGCACAUCAAAUAAUUACAGAAUCACUGAGUGAAGGAAUGAAAGGUUACUUGUCUACUGCUUUAAGGGAUCCAAUACCAACAGCUGACAAAAAUGAUCAAAAAAAACUCAGAUACUAUGUGGGAUGGCUGUAUGCGAGAAUUGUGGAUGAGAUGCAGUCUGUUGUAAAUAAAACUAUCAUAGAUGGCGACCAUUCAUUGCCUGAAACUAAUGUUGGAGAUUUGCCAAAUAUUAGCAGCUAUGACCUAUUCCUUUUUGCUGUCGAAGCUAUUGAAGAAAUGGACUAUGAUCGUGCCAAAUACUAUUUAUCUAAGAGGCUGGAUGGUGAUAAAAAAAGUGACCCUAUGCUCUGGAUAGAAUAUGCUGUUAUAGCUCUCCGCAUUGGCGACUUUCAACAAGCUAUGGAAUGCGUCAAAGAAGCACUUUUAUUGAAUUCAAGAUGCAAAGAAGGGUUGCUUUUCUACGCAGUUAUGCUCAUGACAGAAGGCAAAUUUGAAGAUGCGCAAGUAUUCUUCAAUGCUCUAAUAAAUUUUUACCCGAUGUUCGUCGAAGGUUGGAUGGCAUUUCAUAUGUUUUAUCUUAUUGUUGAAAACAAAACUGGUGCUGACAUUACUCUAGUGGCAGGCACAAAAAUAAAUUAUGAUUUUAAAAUAUCAUCUUCUAUAAAGCCACCACAGUUGAGCUGGGACAAUAAAACGUGGAUCGGGGAUGAACCUGGCAAUUAUAUUUCAACCGCAAUUUACUUCCUUUCAUUUAAUUUAUAUGAGUUCGCCGAAGUGUGCCUAGCUCAGGAGUUGGAAAGAGUGGGAACCAAGACUCUAGUAUGGGUAUAUUAUUUAUCUGUUUGCCAUUAUAUUCAAGGUAGAUAUGAAGACAGUGCCAAACAUCUAUCUAAGGCCAUUGCGGAAGUGAAUGAUUAUAAUAUGGAUCCAAGGAUAUGGAUAUUGCUUGGUCAUAACUGCUGGAUGAUGGGAUUGAAAAAAUGUGCUGUUCAGAUGUAUCUACAAGCGUUCACAAAAAAAAGAACAGACUUAUAUGAACAUAUGACUUAUAUAAGAUGUGGUUUCUUUUUCUUGGAGCAUGAACAAGCUAAAUUUGCAAAACAAAUGUUUUUAAGAGCCGUGAAACAACAGGGUACUCCCAUGGGAUGGCUUGGCCUUGGAAUAUCUCUAUUUAUGGAAGGAAAAAUAGAGGAUGCUGAGCUUGCAUUAAAAGAAGCCAAUAUGCUUGAUACAACUCUGGCCACAGCUUGGGGGUAUCUAGCUCUUAUUUCUUUGUAUAAAUUGAAAGAAGAUCAAUUUCUUCAUUGCUUUCGAGAAGCAAAACGAUAUGGACUGAAUGACAAGAAGCUUGCACUUGAAAUUGAAUCGAUAAGCCGGGAGAUUGUAUCUUACAACAAAUCAAAGAAUUUUGAUGCAAAUCAUAGUUCUUAACAAGUUAUCGUUUUAUUUAUGAUUGUUUAUUAAUGUGAUUUAAUAAACAUUAUUUAUUUUAA